AUGGGAAUCUGUCUUGGCCGAAAUAUGUGCACGUUGGCUCUUGAAGCUCAUGUGCUUAGAGUGAAGUAUUUAAUCCCAGAUGCUGUUAGAACAAGUUCUUGUAUCAACUCUGAAACUGCCUUCACAAGAAUGUGUGAAGUCUACCAUAUGUUUAAAAAAAAUGUAGUUGAUAUGCUUAUUGAGAAUAUAAAUGAAGUCACGGAAGAGCAUGAAGACAGAGAAAGGCCAUCAAUGCUACGGAAAGUAAUUCAAAAACUCCGCGAUCGGCCUCUAUACAAAGCAGUAGAUAUACAACGGGAUAUGCUACGUGACCAUGGCGUUCGGCUACCAUACAAACAAGCUUGGAGGGGUAAAAAAUUAGCUCGAGGGAUUCUACACAGAUGUGAUAAAACUAGCUAUGAUAUGUUGUUGUGGUACGCAAGUAAGGUAACUGAAACCAAUCCCGGCAGCAUCGUUCUAAUUGAGAGAGAUGGUGAGCAGUUUAGAUGGGGAUUUCUUUGCUUCCACGCUUCCCUGGAUGGUUUUAAGAAGGGAUGUAGGCCCAUGUUAUUUCUUGACGAUGAUAAUUGGACAUGGUUCAUAUCGAAAUUGGGUGCUGCACUCUAUGGCGAUGACGAAUACCAUGAUAUUAUUACAUUCAUUUCAGAUCGUUCCAAGGGCCUUGUCAAUGCUGUUGCCAAGGUGUUUCCAUCUGCCCCACAUGGUUAUUGCUUACGCCAUCUUCAGGCUAACUUCCUUAAAUCAAAUAGCCAGUUAGGAAAAGCAUUAAGAUGA